GCGGGGGCGGAGCGGCGGCGCCGGCCCGAGGAGCCGCAGAGAGAGCUGGCCCGGCGGCCCGCGGGGAUGCUGCGCUACAGCUCGGGGCUCACGGUGACCGCCACCACCCCCCGGAGACCCCCUGGCGACGGCGGCCGCUCCCGGCGGAAGAUGAAUGUGUGUAGGCUACGUUUAACAGUGCCACCUGAUGAAGUGUCACAGCCUGAACAGGGACCAAAGGAAACUGAGAGAAAGAAAAGUGAGCUCUACCAUGUUCCAAAUGGGAUGUCUCCAGGGAAGCUCUCUCAUGGGAUGGUGUAUGGUGUUGUGCACCGAACUGACAACAACCAUAAGAGAGAAAUGGUGGUGUAUGGCUGGUCAGCUGAUCAGCUGAAAGAGGAGAUGAAUUACAUUAAAGAAGUGAGAGCAACUCUGGAAAAAGUAAGAAAGAAAAUGUAUGGUGAAUAUGAUGAAAUGAAACGAAAAAUACAGCAGCUUACAAAUGAACUGAAAGUGACAAAUGCUCAUCAGGAAUCCUUAGAGAAUCAUGUGCGAGUGCAGGCUGCAGCCUUAGAUAGCUUUAGUGAAAUGAACAGCUCCUUGACAUCAGCAUCAAUAGACUUGCAGAAAACUCUAGUGGAUGUUACAUUGGAGAACACAGAUAUAAGGGAACAAAUAAGGAAUUUAAAACAUACACAUGAGCAAUCUAUGGAAAAGCUGAGAGAGAAACAAAAGCAACUGGAAACGGCACAAAUUGAAAAUCAGUUACUGAAGUUAAAGGUGGAGUCAUCGCAGGAAGCCAAUGCUGAAGUCAUGAGAGAGAUGACCAGAAAGCUGUAUAGUCAGUAUGAGGAAAAAAUGCGAGAAGAGGAACAGAAACACAAGGCUGAGAAAGAAAUGCUGCUGGAGGAAACAAAUCGGCUUCUGAAGGCUAUUGAAGAGGCAAAUAAGAAGAUGCAGGUUACAGAAACAAGCAUACAGGAGAAGGACCAGAGAAUUGGUGAGCUGGACCGGCUGAUUGAACGCAUGGAAGAGGAACGUCACCAGUUGCAAAAACAACUUGAAUUAAAUGAACUACAAAUAUCUGGAGCAAAAUCUGAAAACAACUCUGACAGUGAAAGGUCACAGCAUUUGGAGGAGGUAGCAGCCAGCUUGAGAGAGCGGAUCAAGCAUCUGGAUGACAUGGUCCACUGCCAGCAGAAGAAAGUCAAGCAUAUGGUUGAGGAGACUGAAAUGCUAAGGAAGAAAGUAAAAGAAAAGGAAUUAUUUAUAAUACAGCUUUUAGACAAAAUCUCUUUCUUAGAAUGUGAGAAUAAAGAAUUACAAGACAAACUGGACUACUUAAUGGAAAACCAACAAAAGACCAAUAUAGAGACCAGAGAUACUGGUGUAGAAUGUGAUCUUCCAUACAGCACAAGCUCUGAGAACAGACCUCCUGAGAGUCCGAGGCCGGUGAGGACGUACACCCCAUUCAAGAGAGUGCUGGAAUUUAGCACAAGGAGCAGUACAUCCUGAGAGCUCAGCUCAUCCAGCUUCCUAAAUACGAGCAGAACUUUGCGCCUUUGCAGCUUGGUUAGAUAAGUUUUUAUCAGUUUAGAGGAGAGCAGCAGCAUGGAGUCUUGCUAAAUUUAUCCUGAAAGCAGCUCUUUGGUAACUUUAUUCCUGAAGUUGCUACUGAUGUUAACUGUGAGGGAGUAGGGAAGCAGCAGGCUGAGGGAAGCAGCAGUCAGGCAGUACUGCUUCUUUAGAAGCUGUUUAAUGCAAUGCAUCAUUUCAAAUGCCUGUAAGGACUUGUAUAGCUGUACAGUUGGGUUUUUUUUUUCUUCAGUUGUGUUGUAAUUCUGUUUGAGUAAUGAAGCUCUAAUAUAUUCUGUUGUCAGUACUACUGGAGCAGCACCUGAAGCUGUGCUGGCAGAGGGAAUUUGUGGGGAAGCUCUGAAUCUGCCCAGACUGAGGGUGGCUCACACCUGUCCCAGAGACCUGGGGCAGUUGAGGGCUCUCUUCACCUGGAGCAGCUCUUUUGUACCUAGCACUCUUUGUCUGGGAGGGAGAGAUGAACUGGGCUGUUUAAAACAGUUCUCUCAACACACGGCAAAUGAAUAUUGUGUUUGUUACUCAAAACAGUAAGGGAUAGAGCAGAUUAUAAUGGAAUUGGCUUUAUUGGACUGAGGCACUGGUUUGCACUUCCUAGUCAUGGGACACAGUGACCAUGGGUGACACAUUCAGUAGCAAUUGUGUAGGAAAAUCCCUGACAGUUUAUUUAUUUACUUUUCCAUUCAAGGAAGGAGUUUUCAUUAAACAAAAGUUUGCCUACUGCAACCUGCAGCAGUCCUUGCAAUUCCAACAGCACCAGCAAUCCUGAAUCAGGAUUUGAGGUUUUGAGUACUAUUUUUUUUUUAAUCCAAACCACUUAAAAUCUUAUCUUUGGCUUCAAAGUAGCAGCAGGAGUGACUGUAUCUAGUACUGAACUAAUUUAAAUAUAUAUAUAGGGUAUUAUCUACAUCUUCUUUUGAUCUUCCACUCUUAGUGAAUUUAAAAUGAAGUAGGAAUAUAUUAUUUUAAUUAUGUUAACAUGAAUGAAGGACCUUUUUUUUUUUUUUCCUAAUUACAGUACCUGCAACAGAAAACAAACAGCUUAGGUUCUGUAUGAUCAAUAUUGUUCUUGCAUGCAGUGUCAAUCCCAGGAGGUGCUCACCUUGCCACAGAGCUUCAGAAAGGGAUUGCUUUUAUCUCUAGCCUAAUACAAUUCAGUCCUGCCUAUUCAAAUCAAGUACACUUACUAAAGUUGUAUUUAAAAUAAUAAUGUUGAUGUCAUAUUGAAUGCACAAGAUGAGUAAUAACUGAUUUCAGUGAUGAGCUUUGUACCUGUGCAAUCUUAUCUCCAUCUAGUGGCUGAUAACAGCAAAUAUUUGGACAGUAUCUGUUUUUGAAGAGAAAGACACUAAAACUAAUCCCAACAGGUAUAUUAAUGUCCAUUAGGGAUGCAACUUUAGGUCUUAGAGAAUGCAUUUUAGCAUUUCUGUGCCCAAACUCUGUAAUUCAGGACUUGAAUUCUGAAUCAUGGCUUGUGAGAAUUACUUUCAAACUCAAGAUGAGUGGAUGAAGGUGGUAGUUUUAGAUAAAAGGAAAUGCAUGUUGUUGUAACAGACAUUAACUGACAAGUUUAAAGAAGUGAAAAUCCUUUACCCCUCUGAUUUUGGCCAGAAGUCAGAAAACAACCUGAUGACUGUGAGGUGCUCAAUGAAUAGUAGUAGAGGGCAGGGUAAGUAUCAAAGUGCUGUUUUGACACAGACUCAAAGGAAGUUCAUUCUACUUUUAAUAUACUCCUGAGGAUCUCCUGAAAAUGCUGCAAGGUAUUUUUAACUCUGAGACUUGCAACAUUACGAUAAUCUGCUCAAGACGUUACGAGGAAUGCAGCAAGGCCUUAAGUUUUUACUGUAAAGGUGUUCUGUGUAAAUUUUGUCUUUACUGUUUGAUGAAAUACAGUAUUUUUUUCUAAACCAAAAAAGAACUGAAGUCAAAGCUGUAUUUUGAGAGCAUUUUGACAUGCAGUGAGCUGGAUGACUAUCAAUUGAUGGGACUACUGAUCUAAAUUUGGUAACUGUGAAGAACAGGAGAGGAACUGUGUUUAUAUCAUUGUGUUACAUGAAAAUGUAGAGCUUUCCACUCAAAUGAGCAGUAAUGUAAAUUAGCAUAGAUAAUAACAAACCUGACUGAAAAGACUGUAACAUUUCUGUACAAAUUUUCUCAAUUUGAGACUAAGUUAAUUAGUACUAUCACAUUAGAAACUAGUAAAAUUUCUGCAAACAGCAAUAAAAGCCAUAUAGGAAGGUCCCAGAAAGUACACUAAAUGCAAGUCAAUUGUAUGACUGCGUUUGUGCCAUGAUAAGUAUUCUUUUGUGAUUUAUUCCAGAUACUCUGGAAAGUAUUUUGGGAUACACUUUUCAUAUAUGCUGUACAAAUAAUGUAUUACAUUGUACGCUUUUAAUACAUCCGGUAUGUAGGACAUGAAAAGGAUAAAUUGCAAUAAACACUGUACUUAAACUUGUUGUUCUGUUGUGUCAACAUGAAACAUGAACAUGAGUCUUUUAGAAAUAAACCUACCUUAAAAUGUUGCAGACUCUUACUGUUCACAACCUUGUUUGUUCCAAACAUGUGGGAAUGGAAAGCGGCUCCUGCGGAGCCUCUAUGCUCUCCUCGGUGUUUCCUUUGGCACACGGGCUCUUGAGAACAGGAAGGCACUCCCUGGCUAAAGGCUCUCAAAGCCAAGUCACAAAAGUAGAUGAACUCUUUCAUGAAAUAA